CAACAUGAGGACAACAUGAGGACAACAUGGGGGCAACAUGAAGACAUCAUGAGGACAACAUGAGGGCAACACACGGGCAACAUGGGGGCAACAUGGGGACAACAUGGAGACAACAUGAGGACAACAUGAAGAUUUAGAUUAGUUUAAUUGAUUUGAUUUAUUUCUCACCUUCUGUUUCAGAGCGGCCAUGCGCUGCCCGUCUCCUCCGCAGAGUCCGGUCCAGAAACAGUCCAGACAGGUCCAGCGGAAGAUCAGCGAGAUUGACAGGAAGCUCCGGGCGGUGAACUCCCUCCUGUCUCCCGAUCCUCAGGACAGCAGGUCCAGAGGCUCCGGGGGGUCCAGAGGCUCCGGGGGGUCCAGAGGCUCCAGAAGGUCCAGACGCUGCAACGACGACGUCCUCAUCCUAAACCCUAACGACGACAGCGUCAUGCACCCCGACGACGACGACGACGACGUCCUCAUCCUGAACCCCGAUCCUGGGCUCCCGGAUUCUCCGUACAGCUCGUUGGUCCGGGAGAUCCCCCUCAAGGUCCGCUGCCGGACGGACGUCCACAAGGUCCAGGUUCAGUCGUCAACGCCGCUGAACGCCGUGGUGACCCAGCUGUCCGCCGUCCUCGCCGUUCCUCCCGCUCGCCUCCUGCUGCUGAGGGACGACGUGGAGCUCCCGACGCACGCCACCGUCGGCGAGCUCGGCCUCGGCAUCGCCGACAUCAUCGAGUGCGUGGUCAUGGCAGCGGAGGACGAGCCUGGAGCGGACAGCAGCAGGACGAUCACUGUGAGGCUGCAGAGCAAAGACAGGGACUCGUCUCAGGAGUUCUCUCUGCACAGGGACGCCCCGCUGGGCUCCGUCUUCUCCCAGUAUCUGUCCCGGAUGUCCAUCGUCCCUCAGAAGCCGGUCCGCUUCCACUUUGACGGCUCCAAAGUGUCUCCCAGCCAGACGCCGGCUCAGCUCGACAUGGAGGACGGAGACAUCGUCGAAGUCUGGCUCUAAGUCCGUCUUACAGCGUCCGUCUCACGGCGUCCGUCUCACGGCGUCCGUCUCACGGCGUCCGUCUCACGGCGUCCGUCUCUCGGCGUCCGUCUCAGAGACAGAGACGUGUAAACCACUGGAGCGUUUUUCAGUUACUCUGGUUGGAAAAGUCACUUUAUUUGUAAAUGUUGAAAGUACAAAAUUAAUCACAUUAAAUGUUUAGAAACUAUUUUUUAAAACACACAAAUAAAACAAUGUACUAUUAUAAAGUUAUUUAAAUGUUUUUGUGACUGUACAAUAACUUUUUUACUGUCAUAAGAAAUAAUAAAGAGUAGAAAUGAC